UUGCGAUCAGGAAAGCCGGAUGAAACGUGGUUCGACUACCCUUUCACAGUGUUGGUGAAGAGUGUCAAGGAAAAGGUCAUGGCCACAAUCACAAUGCCUCCUCAGGAAGCGGCGGCGUUGGGGGCAGCCCCAGCCCCAUCCGCAGGCAGCGCUGAAGUGAAGAAGUUAAAACAAACCAUCGACGCACAACACAGAGAAAUCACCAUGCUCAAACAACAGGCUGCUGCGACGGUGUGUGUGCACGUGUAUGCUUCAAGCGAACUGUAG